AUUUAUGAGAGGUGGGUGGUAUUCGAAUAUCAUAAAAUUGAAUGUUUGAAUUCAUAUUAUUGAUAUUGGUUUGUAUGCUAAAAAUCUGCCAGAUGGUACUACGUAAAAGCUACUGACUAUGCUGAUGUCUCUAUCCAGACUAGGUUUCCUGAUAGACCAAGAUGGACAAACACAAUCUAACAGUGUUGAAUGAUUUCCUUUUGACGGGAAUCACAGACCGCCCAGAGCUGCAGGCUCCCUUGUUCGGGCUGUUCCUCAUCAUCUACAUGAUCUCAGUGGUGGGCAACUUGGGCAUCAUCAUCCUCACCAAGAUGGACUCCAGGCUACAAAUGCCCAUGUACUUUUUUCUCAGACACCUGGCUAUCACUGACCUUGGUUAUUCAACAACCGUGGGACCCAAAAUGUUGGUAAAUUUUGUUGUGGAUGAAAACACAAUCUCCUACUAUUUUUGUGCUAUACAGUUAGCUUUCUUUCUCAUGUUCAUCAUUAGUGAAUUUUUCAUUCUGUCAGCAAUGUCUUAUGAUCGUUAUGUGGCCAUCUGUCACCCUCUGCUCUACACAGUCAUCAUGUCACAAAGGGUGUGUUGGGUGCUAGUGGCUAUCCCCUAUCUCUACAGCACAUUUGUUUCUCUUCUGGUCACCCUAAAGAUUUUUAUUUUAUCCUUCUGUGGCUACAAUGUCAUCAGUCUUUUCUACUGUGACUGUCUGUCCUUAUUAUCUUUGCUCUGCUCAAGCACACAUGAAAUUGAAUUAAUCAUUCUCAUCUCAGCAUCUAUUAAUUUGAUUUCAUCCCUUCUAAUAGUUCUUGUUUCUUACCUGCUUGUUUUUGUCACCAUUGUCAGGAUGAACUCAGCUGAGGGCAGGCACAAGGCCUUCUCCACCUGUGGAUCCCACCUGACAGUAGUGGUAAUGUUCUAUGGGACUUUAAUCUUUAUGUAUGUACAGCCCAAGUCCGGUCAUUCCUUUGACAGUGAUAAAGUGGCUUCUAUAUUUUACACCCUGGUUAUCCCCAUGUUGAAUCCCAUUAUUUAUAGCUUGAGGAACAAAGAUGUAAAAUAUGCCCUAUGUAACACAUGGAAAAAAAUAUGCAAUAUCUUUUCUACAGUUUGA